CAAAGUUCUUUCUUUUCUUUAUCUCCAUCCGCAAAAACAAACAAGAAAGAAGAAAACGCUGUCUUCCCUUGCAAGUUCCACUCCAUCUAACAUUCUCUUCCCUACCUAACCCAAACCUUUCCUGCCCUUCCCUUCCCUUCCGUUCAUCUACAAAAUCUGUUUCUCUCUGAUCUCUCUCUAUAUCGAUCGCCAAGAUGAUGCACAUGACUUUAUACUGGGGCAAAAAAGUAACGCUUCUCUUCGAUUGUUGGAAAACCGAUUCAUGGCCCAGUUACUUCAUCUCCUUGUUGGCCUGUUUCCUCUUCUCCGCGUUCUACCAAUACAUGGAGGAUCGACGCCUCCGAUUCAAAGCCCUCGCCGCCUCGAGAACUGCUCGCUCUCAGCCAUCACCAAUUGAAGCUCCUCUUUUGCGAUCCAAAGGUCGUUUCAAACCCGCAAAAUUCGCUUCCGCCAUUUUGUUCGGAGUCAAUUCGGCGAUCGGAUAUCUACUGAUGCUGGCGAUAAUGUCUUUUAAUGGCGGCGUGUUCUUGGCUAUUGUUGCUGGGUUGUCGAUUGGGUAUCUAUUGUUUAGAAGUGAAGACGAGGAAGUUGUAGCGGUGGAUGAUCCUUGCGCUUGUGCUUGAUAAAAUUCACACACACACUAUAUACUCUAUUUUUCUGCAAAAUUUGAUCUGAUAUUGUGCUUGUUCUGUCAUUGUAGUUAUAAAUAACAAAGAAUUGAUUGUUUUCAAUUUUUUCAGUUCUGAAUGUGAAUUUUCCUCUUUCUGGUUAGAUCGAAUGUAUAUUAGUCAAAUUAAAGUUUUGGUUUUUCUUGCCAUAUUAUGUACAGAGGGGUCAGUCCUUGAUUUGGGUUAUAUGCCAUACGUUGCUUCUCCCCUUGCUA